AUGAAGAGAAACAUCUUAUCAGAAAUAGCUCGAAUUUUUGAUCCUCUAGGUUUGUUAGGUCCAGUUGUAUUCACAGCCAAGGUUAUUAUGCAGGAGUAUUGGAAAUUAAAGGUAGGCUGGGACGAAUCUGUACCUCAGGACCUGUUCACCAAGUGGGCCUCGUUUGCUAAGCAGCUUAACUUAUUGGAAGGGGUAUCGUUUCCAAGACACCUUCUUUUGCCACACGCUGUCACGAUUCAAAUCCACGGGUUUUGCGACGCCAGCAACCGAGGAUAUGGGGCUUGCUUGUGUGUGAGAUCAGUGGAUAGGUCUGGGAAGGUUCUCGUGCGCUUAGCUUGUGCGAAAUCCCGCGUCGCUCCAGUCAAACAAACAACGAUUCCUCGACUUGAGUUGUGCGGCGCCUUAACACUGGUUCGAUUGUUCAAGGAGUGUAGGGAAUCCUUUCCCUUUGUCAUUUACAAGGUCGUAUUUUGGUCCGAUUCUGAGAUCGUGUUGCAGUGGAUCAAGAAAUCCCCUCAGGUCCUUAAAGUCUUCGAAGGAAAUCGUGUCGCUGAAAUCCAGGAGUUGUCAUCAACGAUAGAGUGGCGUCACGUGGCAAGUAAAAGCAAUUUCGCGGAUGUUCUUUCCAGGGGACAAAACCCGGCCGAGUUCGUCGAGAAUCAUGAGUGGAAGUCGGGAAAGUCUUGGCUGUAUGGUCCAGAAGAAGCAUGGCCAAAUUCAACGAGAAAUCACAACAUCGAUUUACCAGGCUUGAAGGCGUCAACUUGUCUCUUAUCAACCUCGAAACCCUCUCAUUCCGCAACACCAACUGCGUCAAAUUUGUCGUUUCAGGAAUCAUCCACGAGUCCACCAUUCUACAAGCGAUCCUCGUCCUACUUUGCGUUUGUUAGCUCCUUGUCUUAUUGCUUGCGCUGGCGUCAUGCGUCUGAUCGAACCAAGGCACCAUUCUCGAUUGCAGAAAGGUCCAGAGCAGAAACAAGGCUUUUAAUUUUCAUUCAACAGGAACAGUUUGGCAAGGAGAUUGAGCAGAACAAGGGAACCGGAAGUACAAAGAACACCAAACUCGCUGCGUUCGAUCCAUUCAUUGACGCGGACGGUCUACUUCGAGUAGGUGGUCGACUACGACACGCACAAAUUCCUGAUCGUCAGAAGUACCCGAUUUUGUUGCCCUCCUAUCAUCACGUGACCGAUCUUAUCAUUAGGGAAGUCCAUCAUUCUUUGUUGCACGCGGGAAUUCAAGGCACGCUGUAUAAGAUUCGUCAACGCUUUUGGUUGUUAGAUGGUAAGAAUCAGGUUAGGCGGAUCGUCCGGCGUUGCAUUACAUGCAUUAGGCAUCGACCCGUGAAUCUUCAGGCCAAAAUGAGCGACUUGCCGCGAGCGCGUGUCCAACAAAAUGCGGUUUUUCAGCACGUAGGCGUUGAUUAUUUUGGGCCAAUCAACAUAAUGGAGAAGAAGUUCCGAAAUCGAGUGAUUUUACCAGCUUACGGUUGCGUUUUCAUCUGCAUGCCCACAAAGUCCGUCCACAUCGAAAUAGCUAGCGACAUGACCACAGAAGCGUUUCUUGGAUCGUUUAAGAGGUUUAUAGGGCGACGAGGAAUCCCAUCGCACGUAUACUUAGAUCACGGAACCAAUUUUGUAGGUGCAAAUAAUGAGUUACGCGAAAUCUUCAACCUAGUCCACUCAGACUCUUUCCACGAUACAAUCAGCAGUUACGCUGCGAAGCAAAACAUCUAG